AUGGUCUUUGAAGUCUGCCGAGCUCUCCGGAAGGACGCAACUGCUAUUCCAGUCGAAAUACUGGAUGUCAUCGUGACCUCUCUUCUAUCGCAUAACCGUCGUUUCUGUGCAAUCGCCAACAUCUCCCUGGUCUCGUCUCGGCUUCGCCUGAUCGCGUUCAGGAGGUACUUCGAGACACUCGAAGUCCGAUCUCCAAGACACUGGGACAAGUCCUGUCGGAUUUUAGGCAUGUUCAACUGGGUCAGGAAAAUGAGGGUUGCUGCCUCUGAUGUCCAAUCAAACAUGGACGCCUUGUCUUCGUUUGGCUCUCUUCGCUCGCUGGAGAUUGACUUCUCUUCGGAUGGCCUAUCCACUCAAAAGACCCGCUGCUCGCUUCUGUUCAAGAGCUUGACCGCGGACCUAACGGUGCUCAAGCUAACCAGCCUGCCUCGGAUUGACACGGCUCUGCUUUCUCUUGUUGCUUCCCGCUUUCCUUCUCUGACGACACUCGAGCUAUCAUCUACUGAACGACUGGACAAAGAGUGCUGUUGGCUGUGCUUCGAGGAGUCGUCAAGCUGCACAAUUCAUUCCCCUGUUCCAGAUGUGUUUCCUUCCAUUGAAGUCCUCGCGAACGCCUACGGCAGGGCAUUGCAGCCUCUCGAGAACCUCGAGUAUCUAUUCUUGGGUGUCUUCCUUUCGGACGCUGAUGUGCUCAGCUGCCACUUCGACCGAUGCGCCUCUGUCGUCAUAUCUUCUCCCAGGACGGGCUUCUAUUCCUCUCCGCCCUUCGGACCCGACAAAUGCGUCAUCUGUACUGCCGAACACGGCGCCGCCGUCCACGAACGAGAACGCCUCGCGAGUGGUAUCGUUGAGAAGAUUCUCCCAUCCCUGAAGACUGUUGGGUGGAGCUCCCAUUUCUCCGAACACGGGUCCGGCGCUGACCGUCGGACCAAGACGACUAUUUUCUGUACCCGGACGCUGGAAGUGAAGGUGGACUCGACGCGAUAG